AGGAGAAGGAAACGCAGGAACUCAGCGAUGGAGCAUUUUUAAGAGAUAACGACGAGCUCCCCCGUCGGAGAUAACUGAACAGAGACAUCUACAUGACCAAAGAAGCAAGACCAGCAACGAGAAACGUAACAAUCAUGCAAUUUAAAUACAGACGAAUUUAAGCAGCCGCUUCUUCUUCAAGGUUACACCUCUUGAAGACGCCCCGGCAUCCCCGUUGUCGCAGAUCAGCCGGCCGUGCGUUGGUUGAUCGUCACAGGUACCGACCAUGUCCGUGGAAGGGCAGGGCUACCCCGACGCUAUGCUGCUGCUGGAGGCCGGGCCGGAGUGGAUGCGGGCCGAGAUCGAGCGUCUCUCCCGGGAGCUGGGCGAGACCACGAACGAGAAGAUCCAGGCGGCGGAGUACGGGCUGGCGGUGCUGGAGGAGAAGCAGCAGCUCAAACAGCAGUACGAUGACCUGGAGAUCGAGUACGAGGCCGUCAGGCAGGAGCUCGACCAGCUGAAAGAGGCCUUUGGACAAGCCUACUCCAACCACAGGAAGGUGGCAGCGGAUGGGGAGAGCCGAGAGGAGUCUCUUAUCCAGGAGUCGGCCUGUAAGGAGGCCUACUAUGAGCAGAGGGUCCUGGAGCUGCAGAACGAGCUCCGUCAGACGCGCAACAUCCUCACCAACACCCAGUCUGAGAACGAACGCCUGAACACCAUCUCCCAGGAGAUGAGAGAGAACAGCCAGAUGGUGGAGCUCCAGAGGAAUCAGCUGCGCGACGACAUCAAGGAGUACAAGUUCCUCGAGGCUCGCCUGCUGCAGGACUACACCGAGCUGGAGGAGGAGAACAUCUCGUUGCAGAAGCAGGUGUCCGCGCUCAAGCAGAGCCAGGUGGAGUUUGAGGGUUUGAAGCAUGAGAUCCGUCGUUUGGAGGAGGACACUCAGUUCCUCAACAGCCAGCUGGAGGAUGCCAUCAGGCUGAAAGACAUCGCCGAGCGCCAACUAGGCGAGGCCCUGGAGACCAUCAAGACUGAGCGUGAGCUGAAAGCCUCCCUGAGGAAAGAGCUCUCCCACUACAUGAGCAUCGGAGACACUCUGUAUCACAGCCCCCUUAGCAUUUCCCUGGACGGUCUCAAGUUCAGCGACGACGCCGCCACCGAGCCAAACAACGACGAGGCUCUCCACGGAUAUGAGAACGGCUUCGUCAAACUGGCCAACGCCAUCACCUACGACAACUCCACGGCCAAGAAGGAGGAGCUGUUCCACCCUGCGCCCAGCCUCGUGGACGACCUGCUGAGCGAGCUCAACAUUUCAGAGAUCCAGAAGCUCAAACAGCAGCUGAUGCAGAUGGAGCGUGAGAAGGUCAACCUGCUGUCCACCCUGCAGGACUCCCAGAAGCAGCUCGAGCAGGCUAACGGCGCUCUGUCUGAGCACCAGGAGAAGGUCAACCGCCUGACGGAGAACCUCAACGCCAUCCGCAAGCUCCAGGCCAGCAAGGAGCGCCAGUCUGCCCUGGACAACGAGAAAGAGCGUGACAGCCAUGAAGACGGAGACUACUACGAGGUGGACAUCAAUGGCCCUGAAAUUCUGGAGUGCAAGUACAAGGUUGCUGUAUCUGAGGCAGGAGAGCUGAAGGAGGAACUGAAGACACUGAAGACAGAGUACCAGGCCUGUCAGUCCCGCUACGAAGAGGAGCGCACCCGUCUGGAGAACGACGUCACAACGCUGGGAGAGAAGCUGGCCACUCUGGAGAGGACAAGUCAGAUGGAGCGAGAACAGAAGGCUACGCUAGAGAAGGAGCUGCGCAAGCUGAGCGAUGUGGCCGGCGAGUCCCAGGGCAGUCUGAGUGUGGCUCAGGACGAGCUGGUCACCUUCAGCGAAGAACUGGCCACCCUCUACAACCACGUCUGCAUGUGCAACAACGAGACGCCCAACCGCGUCAUGCUCGACUUCUACAAGGAGGGCAAGGGCGGUCGGAGCAGCCCAGAGGGACGUGGUCGCCGCUCUCCCAUCCUUCUCACCAAGGGCCUCUUCCCCGAGCCCGGGAAGACCGACCUCAGCGACGGAGCCCCUUCGCCAGUCUCCUCCCUGCCUUCUCCUGUGUCUGACCACCGCCGUGAGCCCAUGAACAUCUACAACCUGGUGGCCAUCAUCAGAGACCAGAUCAAGCACCUGCAGCUGGCCGUGGACCGCACCACAGAGCUGUCGCGCCAGAGGGUGGCCUCUCUGGAGCUGGGCACUGUGGCCGACAAGGACAAGGAAGCCUGCAUGGAGGAGAUCCUCAAACUGAAAUCCCUGCUCAGCACCAAGAGGGAGCAGAUUGCAACCCUGAGGACCGUCCUCAAGGCCAACAAGCAGACAGCUGAAGUUGCUCUGGCCAAUCUGAAGAGCAAGUAUGAGAACGAGAAGGCCAUGGUGACCGAGACCAUGAUGAAACUGAGGAACGAGCUCAAAGCCCUGAAGGAGGACGCCGCCACCUUCUCCUCUCUCCGCGCCAUGUUCGCCACACGUUGCGACGAGUACGUCACUCAGCUGGAUGAGAUGCAGAGGCAGCUGGCGGCAGCGGAGGAUGAGAAGAAGACCCUCAACUCUCUCCUGCGCAUGGCUAUCCAGCAGAAACUGGCCCUGACUCAGCGCCUGGAAGACCUGGAGUUCGACCACGAGCAGACCCGCCGGGGAGGCAACUCCGGCCGGGCCAAGACCCGCAGCAAGGCCUCCAGCGGCACCUCCAACAACCCCCACGUAAGUCAGAGUCUCACCUGCUCUGGCUCCGGCCGACCAGAGCACAACAGUGUCAUGCCCAAUGGCAUUGUGGGAGGCCCCGUGGUCUUUUGCAGCGAGAAGUACAAGAUCUACUGCGACUGAAGCGGCUAAGAAGUGCGGAAACGGAAAAAAACAGACUGCUGUGUACAGAGGGGAGGGGGGCCCGCCGGCCAGACCCUCCCUGCCUUAGUGUUAAAGAGCCCCACUCGCUCGCUUAGCUCCCUGGCCAGCCUGCGCUCCUCUAGGGACUGCUGUGUGACUAACCAGCUGCUCGUGUGUGCUAGUGUAAACGCUUAGGGGAAUGCAGAUAUAUGUACAGUGUGCACUAGACGUUUGGACUGUAGUAGACAUAUAUGGCAUGUGGAUUAUAGGGCCCCGGUUAUGUUGGGGGUUUUGUGGAUAUUAUGGAGUGUCUAUUCUUUCCGCUGUCAUGGUGCUGUACGUACGAUGUAAAAGGUGGCAGCUUUUGUGCUCGUUCGUUCUGGCCCCCUGAGUGUAUUGCCUGGUGACAGUAACACAUUGUGGGCGUGGGGUCUUGUAAAGAGGAUGACAAUCUGACGGUCUUGUGACUAAAUAUGACAUCCUCUGCUCUUUGGCUCUGUCGGCAUUGGUGCUCCUUUAAAAAAAAAAAAAAGCCCCCUUCUCCUGGCCCUCCCCAGGACUGACCCAUGUACAGCAGCCCACUGUCCAAUCAGGUCACUCUUUAGGAAAAAAGGAACUUGAAGACAAAGGAACUUUUGAAGAUAAAGGAACAAAAAUAUGCAAUCUCCCCCUGCUUCCAUGCAAGGGGAGCACAGUAGGAUUCUACACUGAAAUUCACAAGUGGGCUGGCUGCCGGUCUGACGGUUGUUCGGGCAGAAAAGGAGCACCUGUGACCGCAGGUGUUUAUUUCAGGAUCAUUUUAAAGCUGUGAUGCUAGCACACCAAUACAGUAGGGUCAGUAGAAUCGCAUGGCUUCGCAGCUGAAAACGCUUUUAAGCUUUUUAACUGUUUUAUUAUUUUUUUCCUGUCGUCAGGUGUGUGGUACAAGACGAACUCAUGUAUUACAGGGCUCUACAUUGUGAGAAAAGGGGAGUUAUUUGGUGUCUGGCGAAAUACAGGAGGGCUAUUCCACGUGAGCCAUUACGUCGCGAUGGAUUCUUUCAGAGCCAUAUAUUGUAAGAGGGGAGGAAAGUUUGACAAAUCGAUCUCCACACCCAAAUUAAGUGCACUUCAGCAUAGGUGCCUCAGGUUCCUACUUCUGUUAAAAAUGGAUAUAAUGAUUACUGUGAACAGAAAUACAAUAUAGUUUUGAUCAAAGAUGAUUUUUUAAAUACGGAGCAAAUCCUAGAAGAGCACAAAUCGAGACGGCAUCCGCAUGUGGAUAAAGAAUCUUCAAACGAAAACCUGUGCCUGUCGACCCAAACACUUGAUACUAUAUUUAUCUAUCUGUUGAUGUAAAGCCCUGUCCUCGUGUCUCAACUUGUCACUCUUCUUUCCCUUCUCUCCCCUCUCUCCCGCUCUCUGUCUCUGGGAGAUCGCCCAGAGCUCUCUAGUCAUUCCUGUGUCGUCAUGUGGCUGAAAACCCUUUCCUCAUGUCUCUAAUCUGUGUCUUGUCGCUCGGUCGCCACGACGACCUUCUCUCUUUUAGAUUGUCAGCAGCUUGCUCCCCCAGCAUCACCACUCACCCUUUAACUAGAAUGAGGAAUUGUGGGGAAAAUUGCCCUCUGAAUAUUUUUGUCAGGUAACGUCCUCACGUGCUCCCGAUGUUUUUGCCUGUGUGUUUUUGAGCGUUCAGCGUGGAGGGCCCUCAUGUUUGUAUGAUGUUUUUAACCUUUGCAAAAGGAGGGUCACUCACUUCUUUUGUUUUCUUCGUUCAUUUUGGCGUGUGAGGACAAAGCGACGUAGUGUUUUAGUAUCCACAAUAGCUUUAACCCCUUGCAAGCUAGCAUUACGCAAAUAGGAAAAAAAAUAUAAGUGGGGCUUGUGUUGAAUAUAUCCAUGUACUGCUUGUGGAUAAUAGACACAUUAGCUUUAUGAUGCUAAAAGCAGGGUUGAUGUUAGGAAAUCCUGCAAGAUUUCUCAAAAUGAUGCUUUUUCUACUACCACUAAGCUAUAUAUUAAACUCUAUAUUCUUAAAAUGAUCAUGUUCAGGUUAUAAUCUUGCAGGAUCCUACUACAGUAUUCCUUCCUCUCAAAAAUGAAGAGAGGGAGCUUAAUUAUUCCUCCGACGAUGGGAAAAUAUCAGCAGUCAACCCUGCUUGAGUGCGCAUCCAUAAGCCACGGCACACAGCAUGGAGACGAGGCUACACAUUAGGGAAAAAGAAAAAAACAAAAAGCAGCCUCCGUAGAGGUCGAUCACUCUUAAGUUUGAGAUUCACUUAACUUACAAGUGUGAUAUAUUCUGUUUCUAUCAGUUUGCGCUGACUGAGAAAAGGUUUGGGGAGUAGAGGAGGGAGAACUCCUCCUGUUGUAAACCAGCUCCUGAGAGCGGAGUUAAGAAAGCCAGACACGCUGGUGAAGAAAGCCAGAUGUCUGGCCGAGAGCGGACUCUGAUACUGAGGAGAAAUGAGUCCAGGGGUUUCCUGAGGGAGAAACUAAAAAAAAACAAAACAAACUGAAGACUGGUUGCUCAAUCGAGCAGAGAGGCAUUGAUUCAAAUUAGCUGAGCCCCUAACGUGUCCCCUUGUAUAGGCUCUGUGGAAUACAGGAGCAGUAGAUAGAUACACAGGAUGUGAUCGUGACUAGACCCCCCUCUCCCGAGAUAAAUGAAUCCCCACGUGGCUCCAUCUAGUUUGAAAUCGAUGUCUGGCUUAUCUGGUGUCAUAACAGCAUGCCACCUAAAAAGCUCCUCCUACCUCUGCUUGCAGGCUCCUCCCACUUCACCUUUAAGUUUUACUGCACAUGACGCAUCUCGUUUCUGAUUUACAGUCAGCCUGCAUGUCAAAAACAUAACCCAUUUUUCAUGAACUUGCAUGGCAUUUGAGAAACACCCCUCUCCCUUUUUGACCCGGGCGGCGGGAUAUGGCUUCAGCUCUGUCCUAUGAAUGAAAGGUCGUGGUACUCGUGAGUCAUUGGCUUCCCGGCUGCAUCCGCAAGACAGUUUGUGGUGAAUGCGCUUUCACAUCGAGCUCCUCAGAGACGCCGUCCAUACGACAGAAAAGGCUCCUAACAUGGCUUCUGUUGCUUUGACUAACUCCAGCCGCCGCCUGCUUUGUCUGUGUGGACUCAGCCGCUGACCGUGUUAACAGUCACCCGGAAAUUGACAAAUAAUGCUAACGCUGAUCAUUUGUUUGUUUCUCCAUUUUGCAGUAAUUACAGUAGUUCUGCGCGGAUGACGAAGUACCCAACACGAGGCCCGUUCUCACUGCUGAUUGAGUUCGCCGAAAAAAAGAGUUAGCACUCAUAGGUCAUUUGGACUUGAAGAGAAAAAACAAACAAAAACGCUAAACGAAAACACUGAUUUCCAGUCAAAUCAACUGUCCUACUUCCUUCUUACUCCUUUCAAAAUGUGACGUCUGUCGGAAUGACACUCACUUGUGCGUGCUGCUGCUGCUGGAAGCCAAUUUCUCACAGGGCCAAUGAACUGAUUGCAGUUCUGACCAGAGGUUGUGAUUGGCUAAUCUGACCCUCCAAUGAUAAACCAGGGGAUAUGGGGUUGUUUCUCAAAGUAAAGCUGUUUUGUCUGGUUUCACCUCUUUUUUUUUUUCUUUUUUUUUAGUUUAUUGUUUUUUGUUAAUCUGUGCACUUUCAUUAUAUAGGAGUAUAACAGAUAUUAUUAACCUAUAGGAAAGCGUGGUAGUACUAUGGUUUGUGAGUAAGGUUAUAAGACUAUAAGAUAAUAAGUCCUCCUGAAUCAUCUGAACCUAAAUAACAGAAACUAUUUACUUAAGUAAAGGCUCCACAAACCUACUAUUACGACUUUAUCCUCAAGAUUUUAUCCAUCAAAUAAUCAUUUUUAAUCUGUUUUGUUACAUCAUAUGUUAUGCUGUUCUUUUGUGUUUGUUCUACUGCCAUGUUCUAUACAAAAAAUCCAGGGUGAUCAAAUUCUGGGGUUUUUUCAUGUAUUUAUUAUUCCUAGGAAUAGUUCAAAAUAACGCAAUGAAACUUGACAACGCUCUGACUCAAAAAGGUAAGUUGUGUUUUGGGAAAAAUUCGAGUGUCGUGGGGUACGCUUUUCCUAGCUUCUUACCGAGGGCGUUCAACUGAACCGAGGAUCACUGACUUUCAGAAUUCUCUGCAAGUGCGACGAUUAAAUUCCAAAUUGGAAUUGUUUCAUUCUCUCUUCGUUUAUCGUGCCAAAUCUUGGUACACCGUUUAGGUUGAAAAGAAUCAAGACUCGGAAAUAAAGACAAGCCGUCACUGAGGAGGACGUAGUUCGGGCCGUGGCUGCCCGUGCGAGCGCCGGGGUUUUGUUUUUGGUUCGUUUAGUUCUUCGUUUCUGACCAGUAGUGCCUUUCAUUGUUUCGAGGGAGAAUCUUAGACUAGGGUUUUAUGUUUUCUUUUUUAUAGGUGAGGACUUUGGGUUCAAAAUGACUGUGAGCAGCAAUAAGUGCAAAGGGAAUUUUCCCCCGUCUGCAUGCGUGAGAUGAUAGUUUUGAAAUUAGCUCAAUAAAACUGAAAUUGUAUUGAAUUCUGCGGGUCAGUGAUCCACUCAAUAAAUUCAGGGGUAUUAAGAAAAGGUUGUUUUUUUUAUCAAACUUUGGGAACCAAAAGAAGUCCCUUUGGCCUCCUGUUAUUGAACAAAAUGCUCCAAGCACCUGAAAUGUGUUGGGGUAGAUCAGUGUACUAUUGGAAACAUCUACGUAUCUCUAGCAUUGUUUGGUGAAGGUAAUGUGAUAUCAAUAGUAUUGUUGAAAAAAUGUGCAGAGAGCGCAUUUUCUCUUUCUUUUUGUCCAAUUUGAGUUUUGUUUGUUGUUUUUUUUUUAUUACUCUUGAAUCUUUUUUUUUUUACAUCAUCUUUGAGCAUUAUGUUUUCAGGAAACAGAAAACAAAGUAAGCAUCAACAAGCUUGAAUAGUGCCAUUACAGCCAAAGCUUGUUUGUUGAGGCGUUAAAGUUACCAAUAUGGAUGAGAAGCUAAAAAGUGCAAUUCAGAUGCUGUUUUACAUUAAAAAAAAUGACAAAGUUUUCUGUUUGCUGGAAGCGAUAGCAUUGUGAUAAUAAAUUUAGCUGUGCAAACUUUAUAUUGUCAUAUUGUGUUUCAGUAUUGAUCCAUAAUGAGAGUUUGAUAUCUUUAUAUGAAAUAACGACUUCACCUGUAUGUUGGUAUUUAUUUGAAUUGUCAUGCAGUACUGUAUUCUUAUCAAUAAUGUGCAUUAUGAUUAGUGGCAUAUUGAUUACAGCUAAAUGUCAUAUGCAUGUUUUCUCAGUCAUGGGACCUUUACACAGAAUUGAAAACAAACAUGUAAACUUUUGUCAGGGUGUUACAAAAUAUGGAGGAAAAAAAAAUGAGAAGACAAAGAGUUGAGUCUGAUGUAUUACUGCUGAACUAAACCUAUGAAAGUGUUUGUUUGUUUCCAGUAGGGAAGGUGGUAUGUCUGUGUAAAGGUAGUCAUACUGGCUAAAAUCAAUAAAUGUGACUUAAGUUCC